UGGGACAGAGGGACAGCUUCCACAGCAGCAUCAAACAAACGCGGAUUGAUUUUUAGGCAGUCCACCACCCAUAACUGCGCAUAAAGGGAAACGUCAGCGAGAUCUACGUAGUGCCAGGCAGGCGAAACGGAGACCCGGUUAUAGGCUACCGGACUGAAUCUCUCAUUAGACAGAGCGGGACCGAGUCAGUCUGUUGGUGUCAGUAAGAGCCAAUAAAACGGAUCAAGGAUUCUAUUUCUGAAGCAAAGAACCUUUAAGGAGAGUGUGCCGAAAACCCGUAUGACAUCACUACGUCCAUCCUUUUCUCCACAUUUCGGGACUGUAAAAAUUGCUUAAUCCAGGAGAAGGACCACAUAAAGAUAACUUAUAUUUUCAGAAAAAGUACGACGUUUUGGUGAUAUAUUGGAUAAAGUUAUCGACUAUUUAGGUAUGGAAGUCGCAGCCGAUCAAUCUCGGUGGAUGGCGCAUCAUCACGCCGUGUUGAAUGGGCAGCACCCAGACUCGCAUCACCACAGCUUGGCCCACAACUACAUGGAGCCCAUGGCGCCGCUUUUGCCACCAGACGAAGUGGAUGUGUUUUUAAACCACUUGGACUCUCAGGGGAACCCCUACUAUGCCAACUCCCGGGCCAGGGUUACAUACAGCCAGGCACAUGCUCGCCUUGGGAGUCAGGUUUGCCGGCCACACCUAAUCCACAGCCCCGGCAUUCCGUGGCUUGACAGCGGGAAGGCGGCCCUCUCUGCUGCCCACCACCAUAACGCAUGGGCGGUCAGCCACUUCAGCAAGCCAGGAAUGCAUCCUGCUAGCUCCGGCUACCCUUGCAGUAGCAGCUCCAGCACUGCUCCGGUGUCUUCCCUCACCCCUGCGUCCCACUGCAGCCCGCACCAUCUCUACAGUUUCCCUCCUACGCCUCCCAAAGACGUGUCCCCGGACCUCGGCCCUGCUUCUCCAACCUCCACCUCGACAAGAAUGGACGAGAAGGAGUCCAUCAAAUACCAAGUGUCACUGGCAGAGGGAAUGAAAAUGGAGGGUUGCAGUCCUCUCCGCAACAGCCUGGCUUCGAUGAGUGCCCAAACUCCCGCAACACACCACCCCAUCCCGACCUACCCAUACUCUCUCCCAACACCACACGAAUACGGCGGCAGUCUCUUCCACCCCGGUAGCCUGCUGGGUGGAUCUUCAUCCAGCUUUACGCCGAAGUGUAAAAGCAAAGCCCGGUCGUGCUCAGAAUUCUGCUCAGAGGGGCGCGAGUGUGUCAACUGCGGUGCCACCUCCACCCCGCUGUGGCGGCGGGACGGGACGGGCCACUACCUGUGCAAUGCCUGCGGCCUGUACCACAAGAUGAACGGCCAGAACAGACCUCUCAUCAAGCCCAAACGCAGACUGUCCGCUUCGAGACGAGCUGGCACCUGCUGCGCUAACUGUCAGACCACCACCACCACCCUUUGGAGGCGUAACGGCAAUGGCGACCCGGUGUGCAACGCCUGCGGGCUCUACUAUAAACUGCACAACGUCAACAGGCCAAUGACCAUGAAGAAGGAGGGCAUCCAGACACGCAACCGCAAGAUGUCCAGCAAGUCCAAGAGGGGCAAGCGGUCCGGAGACGGCUACGAUGAGCUGUCCAAAUGCAUGCAUGACAAGUCCUCUCCCUUCGGCGGUGGCCCCGGCCUGGCUGGACACAUGACCCAUAUGGGCCACCUUCCCCCCUUCAGCCACUCCGGACACAUGCUGCCCACUCCCACUCCCAUCCACCCUUCGUUCGGCCAUCCUCACCAUCACUCCGGACGGUCGCCGGCCUGGGCUGAGCACUGAAACCUCCUGAAGCCCCUCCAUCACCCCUCCACCAUAUCAUCACCACGACUGCUUCUGUUUCUAGAGGGGUAAUUGGGCUCACUGUCAGUAGGACAUUGUUUUGCCUGGCCUCAUUUAGAGAAUGAUGGAGAGGAGACGUGACUGAAGGGAGAGAGGACGUGAGAGGGCGAAGGUGAAUCGGAACAUGGGCGUGUUGAGUUGCUCCCUUCAAGUUGCCUUUUUUUACUAAGUCACUUUGGUACCCCUCCCACCCUAUGAGAGAAAAGAUGUGAGGUAUUAGGAGAACCACUGCUUUCCCCUCCUGAACCUCUGUAGUGUAAUGAGACCCCCCCCCCCCCUGUCGCCUCUGUCCUGGCUGUUGCGGACAGACUGUUGACACCGUGGGUAUGAGAGACUUUCUGAACCAGCCUCCCCACACAUGUACAUGCAUACACACACACACUGACCCCUCACAUGCUGGAAUACACACCACCCACCUGGUCCCCCUGGACUUUAUUGGAAAAAAGAAGCAAGCAAACAGAAAGUUUAUAUAAAGUUAAUAAUUGUUAUUAUUGUUGUUAUAAUUGAUGUUAUACUAGUUGUUAUGAUAAUUUAUUUUCACUCUUUUUGCUUUCUUCAGAACACAAGGAUAUUGUUACAAUUAUAAUUUCAUUGUUAUUAUGUAAAGAAAAGAACACAGACUUAUCUUAGACGAGACAUUGUUCCUAAGCUGUACGUUUUUAUGAUUUUUCCAUCUCACAAAAUAAAGUAAAUAAAGUUUUAAUACUAAAUAAUGUCACUGAGUCCUUGAAACGUGAAAUGUAUCGUGUCUCUGUCUCACUCUCGCUGUCUCUCGCUCUGUCUAUUGGAGUGUCAGUGUGAAUUCCAGUGUCGGUGAAGAGGUUUUGAUUUCUGCUAUAUUUCUAAGUGAUAUCAGAUGUAAUGAAGCCAGCUCUAUGAUCCCCAAAGCGCAGUAAUGGUUUUGUUGUGCUCCUCCCCUGAGUGAUGUGCUGCUGUUUAUAGAAGGCUUCUUUGUGGAGCUCAGGCCCCAGGGUGCACCAGUGUGACCCAGACAGCAGGCUCCAAACCCAGGGUGAGCACAGGGCUCCCACGUCACACACUAACGCGUACACAUGUCCUACAGAAAUACACAUUUUCGGUUCAUAUUACAGUUUUUUUCUAUCGCUUUGGUGCAAUUUUCACAAGUACAGUAUGUGGUACAUUUUCACAACACUUAGUACAAAACAAGGCAGUUGUUUAAAAACUCUAAGCACAUUUUCAAUUGACUAAGUACAACACACAAAAUCACAGUCCCCUUUUUCACCAAACUUAAUCAGUAUUUUUUUAUAUGAUUGUCUUCUCAUUUGUUAAAAUACACUUGACUAUUACUUAAUCCGACUGCUCAUAAUUGAUAAUCACUUAACCAUUUAGUAAACCUACAGCUUUUAAACUGGUUUGCCUGUUUCACACUGCUUCACAAAAAUUGUAUUGGCAAAAAGAAUACUGUAAUACUGUGAUAUAUACAAUUUAUGUAGAAGCCACUUUUAUCCAACAUGAAAACAGUCCACAACUCUGGUGUUGCUAGGGCCAUGCUCUUAUGAACUGGGCCACGUUCAGGACCAGUACAACACACAGGUACAAACAAUACUGUAAAAUACAAUACACAGCUUCAAUAUAGAUGGAAUAUGUAUGAUUGCCAUCCCCAUGAGCGUACCACCCUCCUUCACCCCAUAGAUGAGGCAUGCAAUGAUUUCAAUCCAGACCUAUGUCAGGCUUUCUCCCCCGGUACAUGAACAAUGAGGACAUUUACGCCGAUUUCGAUGAGAACUUAUAGCCAAAUACUCAAGACAAGCUUGAUGCAAACAUUAAGUUUCGUUCAUUUAUUUUGUUUGAAUACAUUGUGAAAGAUGUCUUCAGUAGAAAUUUGAUGUUCAGUCAAUUUUAGUGGGUAGUAUUGCCUAAUGUGAACAGUGUAAUGUACAGAAAUUUACAGUACUGUAGCAAAUUGCAUUCAAAGGACAAUUUUUAAACAUUUUCUAUUUCUACAUUUUCUAUUGAAUUAACUGGUUGUUGUGUGUUUUGGUGAUAAAAUCGAUGUUCUUAUGGUAUUUUACAGUAAACUUAUUGUUUGGAUCAAUGGCUGUGCAGUAAAAUAUGUCUCAUAACAAAAUGAAUGCACAAUAAAUGGUUUUGAAUAUAA